GAAUCACUGGGGAGAAUCACUGGGGACGGGGGAACAUGAACAUCUACCUCCCCGCAUGAUUCAUCCUCUUUGAAUAUGAAUAAACCUACUUUCCUCCCCCUGAUUUGCUUUGUGGUCUGUGUUAUUGAAGAGUAACAUCAACUGCUAACAUUUGGUGCCAUGACCCGGAUGAAUUGGUCUGAAUAACAACAAGAAAAACUCAACUGUGUGUUGAUCCAGAAGAAAGAGAGAAGGCUGAGUGCAACCCACUUUGGGGAGUCAACUCUUAAUUUCCUGAUCGAUGGCAGAAGUGCUGGGGUAUACCUAAACAUGGUCCAUCUAUCAUCCUUCCUACUAAAGACGUACCAUGGAGGACACAUUGUCAUCAGAUUGGCAAUGGCUGGCCACAAACAGUCUAACAGACCUUUCUACCGCAUUGUGGCAGCUUACAACAAGCGAGCACGAGACAGUAAAUACAUAGAACAGCUAGGCUCUUAUGACCCCUUGCCAAACAUCUACAAUGAGAAACUGGUCAGCAUCAACUCUGACAGGAUCAAGUACUGGAUGGGCUGUGGUGCACAUCCAACGAAGCCUGUGGCCAAACUUCUAGGACUGGCUGGGUUCUUCCCCCUGCAUCCCAUGACGGUGACAGAAACAGAGCGUCACAGGGCCCUGGCAGAACUAGCAGAGGAAGCAGCUCCGGAGGUUGGAGUUAAGCAGCAGGAACUAUGAUAGCUGGAGCGUGGGGAACUGUCAAGCAUAGCAGGAUGUGGUUACUGUACACGAAGGACAGCUAUAAAUGCCAUUCUCCUGACAAAAGGUUAACUGUUUCCAGUGAAAGCCUUUGUGAACUAGGAAUAUUCAUAAGCAGUGCUUAACAGAACAACUUAUAAAGGCUUCAUAUAGCAUACAUAAAGUCUUCAUAAGCACUACAUAAAGUCU